CGCUCAGUAGUGAAUAGGAAGCGGUAGACGAAGGAUCUGUAGUAGUGAAGGACUCUUUGAGAACUGUAUUAGUUCGCAACGCAAUGCACCAGGCGACAGUGACCUUUGCAGUGAUACUAUUGGCCGGUAUCAUUGCCGAAAAGGGAAUAGUGUUUGUAAAUGCACAGGACGAUUCGUUGGCUUCUAGUUUUUUCUCUGGUCUACUAGAAACAAUCACCAGUACAGCGGACAGCAAAGACUGCCCGGGCAUGUGCGUGCACACUCUGGCCACACUGAUGUGCUACGAGGUGCUCGAAGACAUCCCCUGCCCCUCACCCAGCAUGCGCUGUUGCCUGGACACACCGCCCCCCAACGCAACCAGCACUGCCGCCUCCAACACCAGCUCUGCCGCCCCUUCACCGCCUCCGAGGCCCGCCUCGCCGCCUCCGGCCGAUCCGCCCCAUAAACAGCCGCCGCCGCAACCGCCUCUGCCUCCAAACAAUACUAUCAGGCCUUCGCCACCUGAUCCAAUGCCAAUGAGGCCUGACCCAACCAAAGCUCCUCAACAAAAUAAUAAGGAUGACCCUGGCAAGAGUUGUCCGGGCGUGUGCGUGGCUGAGCGAAUAGCCGACUACUGCGAAGCGGUGCUUGAUGCGCAAAGUCUAUGCAAAGCGGGACUUCGCUGUUGUGUGGCACAGGAUGCUUAUGGCGACAAAGUCCCUCCACACAUGAUCAUUAUGGACCGGAACACUUCUAGACCAAGCUCGGCUCCAUCGACACCUCCCACCUCCUCACAUUAUCAACACAACUCUCAACAAAACAACAACAAUCAUCAACAAAACAAUAAUAAUAAAAAUAAUUAUCAACAGAAUAAUAAUAAUAGUCAACAGAACAACAAUAAUUACCAAAAUAAUCAACAGAAUACACCAGCAGCUCGUCCACCCCCUCGCCCAAUAAAACAGUGUGGUGGUGAAUGUGUGAAUGGAUUUGUUGCUUUAUUUUGUGAUGAAAUAGAUCUUGAUGCCUUUUGCUCGGAUGAAAUGUCCUGUUGCAUCACAAAUGCCCCCUCACCAACAAUCCAACCAUCUCCCCCACCACAAUCCCAAUCGCACUGGACCAGACCACACACAACUACAACAACCCCUGCGCCCACACGCGCAACCCCCACCACCACCACAGCUUCCCCCACCACCAGCCAACCCCUCCAACGGUGUCCUGGGUUCUGCUUGCUCAGCAUCAUGGCUGCAUUCUGUGAACGACCAUCGGUGCUCGUGCCGCACACGUCCAACUGCCAGCGUGGCUCGAUCUGUUGUGACAACACAAGGCAGGCCCCCCAGCAGAGGCCAAGGCCUAAGCCCACCAGCCAGCCGACAAGCACCACCACCUCAACCACAACCACGCCCGCCCCACCUGAUUCGAGGCCCGACUGUCCUGGAUCAUGCAUUGUGUCCUACUUGUCCUUCACCUGUUUCAGAAAUGCGGAAAUGACAGAACUGUUCAAGUGCAGAAAAACAGGAACUCAGUGCUGUGCGCCCAAGUCACUCAUCAGGGAGCUGCAGGAGCAGAAACAAGGAGGUGUAGCAGGAGGAUUAGUAGUAGGAGGAAUCAGUGAUACCAACCUGUUGACGUCAAGGAAUGACACAAUUCUGCAUGCACAGCAGUACAAACCAGUCCACAGUCCACCGCCACAUUUGCAUCACAGUUUACCCAGUCAAUCACCAGGUUCGAUCACACUGACAAGUACCCUGCGACCGCCAGGCUACAGUAAAUACGUGUGUGGUGUGAAGGGGACGUCGAGGGUGGGGGAGAGGUCCGGCAGAGUGGUGGGGGGUGAAGAUGCUGACCCAGCAGAGUGGUGCUGGCAGGCGGCGCUCAUCAACUCACUCAACCAGUACCUGUGCGGAGGUGCGCUCAUUGGCACUCAGUGGGUGCUCACGGCCGCUCACUGUGUCACCAACAUAGUGCGUUCGGGUGACGCGAUCUACGUGCGAGUGGGGGACCACGACCUGACCCGCAAGUACGGCAGCCCAGGUGCACAGACGCUGCGCGUUGCGACCACCUACAUCCACCACAACCACAACAGCCAGACACUCGACAACGACAUCGCACUGCUCAAGUUGCACGGCCAGGCUGACCUCCGUGACGGUGUCUGCCUCGUCUGUCUGCCGGCGAGGGGAGUGUCGCAGGUCGCCGGCAAGAGGUGCACUGUCACCGGCUACGGCUACAUGGGUGAAGCUGGUCCGAUUCCAUUGAGGGUGAGAGAAGCAGAGAUUCCAAUAGUAAGUGACACUGAGUGCAUCAGGAAAAUCAACGCAGUGACUGAGAAAAUUUUCAUCUUGCCAGCCAGCAGUUUCUGUGCCGGAGGAGAGGAAGGGAAUGAUGCUUGCCAGGGAGACGGAGGAGGUCCGCUGGUGUGUCAGGAUGACGGAUUCUAUGAGUUGGCAGGCCUGGUGUCGUGGGGCUUCGGCUGCGGACGCGUCGACGUGCCGGGUGUCUACGUCAAGGUGUCAUCGUUCAUCGGCUGGAUCAACCAGAUUAUCAGCGUCAACAACCUCUGAUCACAGCACUAAAACAAUUGACAAUUUGCUCACAAAACGCAUGCUUAAUGGUGGCUACCCUGAACAUCGUUAUACUGGACAUCUCAACUACCAUCAAUACAAGCAUUGAGUUUCUUAUGGUUAGAUCACCUGCUAUUGAAAGAAUUGGAAAUUGACAUGAUGUUGAAUUACCUCAGUCAUGAUCUGGAUUUGAAUUUUCAACUUUUAUUGGCAAAUGGUGGGAAUUUCGAUUUGAACUAAACAAAGAAAAAUCUUCCAGUGCCACAGUAGAAACUGUUUGAUAUUGAAACAAACCAAGCAAUUAUUUUGUAUUGUACAUAAUCAAGAGUAUUGUUUGGAAAGGCAUUAUAUGUAAUCUUGUGAUAGUGAUUGGUGCAAUACUCAGGAGGAUGAACCAUAACAGUUCAUAAAGCCAUAACAGUUUCAUGAACAAUGCUAUAUUUAUUUAAAACAUUUGCAUUUGAAUGAUUUUUUGGAUCCUACAGAUGAAUAGAUGAAUCAGUCUUCAAUAGAUGUUAUCAAUAGGUUUCAGCUAUAAUUUCAUGGAUAUGGUGCGGUAUUUUCAAAAAGAAAAGUAUUUUCAUCUCACUAUUUUGAGAUUUGUGAAUUUAUUCAAGUUUUUCCAAUAUGUGGAUUCAUUUAAACAACAACUAUUCAUCCAUGUGCUCUAAACUAAGGCAUCAUUUUUUAAUAAAUUGUGAAUAAUUGUGCCUUUUCCUGAACUUAAUUAAGAAAAAUGAAGAGUACGGUACUAUACCUACUUCACAGGCUACAUUUAUCUUUCUUAUUGAACCUAAAAAUUAUUGAAGGUUUUAAAUUUCUCUGAGAGGUUGCUUUCACGAAAAGGCUAUUCUACAUUCAUAUAAUAAGAGAGAGUGAAGGAGAAUUGCAAAACAUCAUACUGCGCCUGCUGUGUAUUCUAUGAGAGUGGGCUAUACAUAUUUUAUAAAUAGCAUGUUCAUACUCUACAAAUAACAAAUUAGGUACUGAAAUUUCAAUGCCAUUCUAUUCUCAACCAUAAUCAAAUUAGAAUUGUUUACUUUGGAUGUCAGUGAUAAAAGAAAAUCUUUCAUUUAAACAGUAAAAACUUGAACUUCCAUAAAACCUUCAAGUGAAUCUAUCUAUCGGAUUACACAAGAGAAACAAGGUAACAUUAUUAUUUUUUAUUCAUUAAACAGAAGAAAAUAAUAUAGAGGAAAUUGAAGUGCAUUUUCCAAAUAUAUUUAUAAUUAUAGAGGUCACACUAAUUGUAAAAUAUAUUGAGAAAGCGAUUUUUCUAGUAUUAUUGAUUAGUUUUUGAAAAGUUCGAACGAGGAUAAUGAGGAGGUUACAGAAUUAACAUUACAGUACUCAAUUCAUUACUCGUGGAUCCGUUAUUCAAUUACUCGAGGAUAUUUUCAUAUGCUUAAAGAUAGAGAGAGGAUCUACCUCCAACCUUAUAACAAUCCAAAAUACGUUUAUUUUAGGCAAAACUAUACUAUUUCAAUGAUAAUGAGAUUUGAUAUUAUUAUUUUUACUUAUUUAUUCUAUGAAGAAUAUAAUAAGGAAAACAUUUUUUGUUGUAGAAUUGAUACCGUGGUAGAUAAAGGAAUCCUCAAAUGAGAAAAAAUGGCAUUCUUAUUAGAUUACAUAGAUGUCAUUGAAUAUUGGCUAAAUUAAACAAUUGAGGUGUAGACGAUAUGUUUGCUGUGAAAAAUACAUUAUCAUAAGUUGUUGAGGUUCUUGAUCCAGACAUUAGCUUAUAAAGGAGUUGUGUAAUGUAUAUGAUUUUUUUUUUAUUUUAAAGCAUGCCUACAUAAUAUUUAUUGUAAAUGUUUACGUUAUCAAACUCUUUCAAGUUUGUUUUGAAGCUCAAGAACAAUAAUAAAUUAAUACUUUCAUACACAAGUGGCAUAUCGGAGUUACAUCUCGUAGACAUUAUUAUAAUUCAUCAAUAAACUCUAAAAAAAAUUAUGUUAGAAACAUCGAACAUUGGACAAUUGAUAGGCUUACAAAUAGAAGCUUUAAUAAUUAGAAUGUAUCAUUUUAAUAUUUAAAUCAGUAAAUCAGUUAUUCUCUGAGUUUCUAUGUUCAUUUGAACAUAUACAGAGGGAUACGUGAUAUAUUCCCAGCAAUUGUUAUUUUUAAAUCAUGUGUAACAAAUUCAUUCCAUAUUUAUAAUGUUUAAAACUAUAUUUAGCUAAUAGAAAUAUGAAAAAAUCUGUAUAUUCAGAAAUUUUCAAACUAUCACAAAUUGAACCACACGUAUGAUCUGACCAAGAGGUAAAUGGUCAUGUACAAACUAGAAAAUUGUGUUAAGAAAUUCUAAUAUAUGUAGAGAAUUUGAACAAGAAAUGUGAGAAGGAAAAAGAAUUACCUGCUCUGUGUAUUUAGUUAGAUUAAGCAAAUCAACUUUAUUUUCCAUAAAAAUGUACAAAAACUCUCAAUCCAAUUAUUUAUUUUAUUUAUUUAUUUGUACAUAUUUAAGGGAGAAUAAAAAGGAGAUUUUAAUCUA